GUUGCUCCCUUUUUCCAACUUCCCAUUGUGAGUCUUCUGAGGCCUUUACACGUGACGACGCGUUAAGUGCACCGCGUGAGUAUCGAUAUUCUUCACAAACGCUGGACCAAGGUACUGUUGCACGUUCAAGGCAGCUUCCUCACUCAUGGGAAGCGUGUAAAUGUGUUGGAACUGGUGCGCAGUUUAAUCUGCGCAGCCUGAAAAGAUCCACCUGCCCUCAUCAUUUGUUUGAGAAUCUGAAUCAUCAAUGCCUCAUACCAACUACAAUUUCACCAGAUCGAAGCCGCCGCACCCAGGACUGCCCUCGGUCCGCCUUUCCCCGAUGCCCUUUGUUUUGCUAUAGCCUGUCAAGAGUCCUAUUUGAAUCCUUCUCCUCACUUUGUCGUCAGUUGUCCAUCGUCUGUAUCAACCCAAAUCGUCACAACCCAAAGGACUCAGCGUUGUUGAACCAAACCAACGGCAAUAGCUUCGUUAAAUCCAACAACACCAACCAUGGCGCCGGCGACCAGAAAGAAGGGUGCAAGCACCAGACCCAAUAUCAUGACCUCACUGUUCUCCAGUCCUGCCUCGAGCUCACCAGUCCCAAAGACAAAGACCAGCACCAAAUCCAAGACCAAUGAACCAGACCUCGUCUCUGACCAUGACUCUGACCACUCCGACUAUGGCAAUGCCAAAAAGAAGAACAAAAAGAGAAAAAAUAUGGGAGACGAAGACGACUACCCAUUCAAGCGUCGCCGUGGUCCCAUUUCCCCAGCACCUGAGUUGCCUGUUAUCUCUGACGACGAAGGCAUCCGUGAUGUUGAGCCUCUCGACGAAGAACAACACAUCACUGAUCCGUUCAGCACACCAUAUCAGCUUCCAAAGAACUUGAUGCUUCAAGUCACGGCUGAUGGCAAGACCUUCGUCGGCGUGGACCUCGCCAGUCUUCUCAAGUCAAACUCCACCCUUCUUCCAGGAGUCACCGAAGCAUAUACUCCAAAGAGUAUCGAGAGCGGCCGCAUCGUCCAAGAUGACAGCUUGAUGGAUGUUGAUCAAGCCCUUAACAAGAAGGACAAAACCGGUUUCCUCGAUCUGCCCUAUGAGCUCCGCCUUCGCAUCUAUCGCUUAGUCUUCCGCGGUGCCAGUGCUGUCGACUUUUGCGCUCGCCGGGAUUUCAGCAAGUCAGCUCAUUUCUUGAGGACUUCGAAGCAGGUUCAUCGGGAGGGCACACGAAUCUUGUAUGGUGAGAACUCGUUCCACUUUGGUCGCAGCCACGAAAAGCGUGGUGUGUACUGGCAGCAAGCAUGGAAAGAGAUUGGUUACAAAGAUGUGCGACGCUUCCUGGAGACUAUUGGACCAGUCAACAUUGCUUCUCUCAAGUAUGUCUCCUUCAUGUGCGAAGAUGGAAACAAGUACAAUUUCCCACUCUGGAGCGAUGUUGCUGGACGCCAAUACGUCGAGGAUGCAAGCUUGCAGCGCGUUUUUCGUCUGAUUGGAGAGAACGCCAUGUUGACAAAGUUGGCCGUGUGUUUCGGAGCGAAAACGAAUGUCAAAGAGGGCGAUUACCACUUCUUGCAUGCCUUGACCAGAAUGAAGUGUCACCAGUUGAUCAUCUACAGUGGAUUUAGAGAGAUUCGCAACAGAAUGUUCAAGACCCUGAAGUCAAAGUUGAAGCAGGUCAUGGAGGUCCCGGUCGACGAGGACAAUGAGCGAAGUCCCGGUGAGAUCAAGCAGAACAAGGUCAAGAUGGCGUACGAGGACGACAUGGCGCCCACUUUCGGUUAUUCCCGAGUCACCAUCGUCUAACCUUUUUGAUGUCGGCAGUGGGCGAUAUGCAAGCAUUGAAAUCAGGCGGGCAGACAUUCUCGAUCGUUGAUAUGUCGGCCACGAUCCAUGGGCGGGUGUGAAAAGAAGAAGUCGUUGGAAUCGAGAAGCAGUGCAUCCAUCGAGCUGUAUUCAUCAUCGGAGCUGUUGCAACGCCAAGUUGCACUGAGGGAGA